AUGUCUCUCCGGCCGAAUGCUCGCACGGAGGCGAGAAAGUCUGCUUACAAGCAAGCUGUUAACGCUGAUGAGGCUCGCAGGCGUCGCGAGGACAAUAUGGUCGAGAUCCGUAAGAGCAAGAGGGAGGAGAGCCUCCUGAAGAAGCGCAAGGAAGGAAUGCAGGCUCAAGUAGAGCUGCCCAAAAUUCCUGUCGCAACUGUCGAGAAGAAGUUGGAGAGCCUUCCGGCUAUGGUACAAGGCGUAUGGUCAGAAGAUCCACCGGCUCAGUUGGAAGCAACGACGCAGUUUAGGAAGCUGCUUUCGAUCGAACGUAGUCCGCCGAUCGAAGAGGUCAUAAAGGCUGGCGUUGUGCCCAGAUUCACGCAGUUUUUGCAGAAGUAUGACUUCCCUCAACUUCAGUUCGAAGCAGCGUGGGCUUUGACCAACAUCGCUUCUGGUACCUCUGACCACACCCGCGUGGUCAUCGAGCAUGGGGCAGUCCCUAUAUUCGUUCAGCUUCUUAGCUCUCCCAGUGAUGACGUCCGCGAGCAGGCUGUAUGGGCACUCGGUAACAUCGCAGGCGAUUCGCCUAAGUGCCGGGAUCUUGUUCUGAGCCACAACGCCAUGGGACCGCUGCUUGCUCAGUUGAACGAAAACUCCAAGCUGUCAAUGCUCCGGAAUGCUACCUGGACGUUGUCGAACUUUUGCCGUGGAAAGCCCCAGCCUCCAUUUGAGCAGUCGAAGCCCGCUUUGCCUGUCCUCGAACGCCUGAUCCACUCUACGGAUGAGGAGGUUUUGACUGAUGCUUGUUGGGCGCUGUCCUAUUUGUCCGACGGAACUAACGACAAGAUUCAGGCUGUCAUUGAGGCGAAUGUUUGUCGGCGGUUGGUCGAGUUGCUCCUGCACCCAUCGCCAUCUGUUUUGAUCCCUGCUCUUCGAACGGUUGGCAACAUUGUCACAGGAGAUGAUCAUCAGACGCAGGUCAUUAUCGAGAACCAAGUGCUGCCAUGCCUGCUUGCCUUGCUCACAACAAAUCACAAGAAAAGCAUCAAGAAGGAAGCGUGCUGGACAAUAUCUAACAUCACUGCUGGCAACAAGGAACAGAUUCAGGCUGUUAUUGAUGCCAACAUCAUUCCUCCAUUGAAGCACCUGCUGGAGACUGCUGAAUUUGAUAUCAAGAAGGAAGCGGCAUGGGCUAUUUCAAAUGCUACUUCUGGUGGCACUCAUGAUCAGAUCAGGUACCUCGUGUCCCAGGGCUGCAUUAAGCCACUGUGCGAUCUGCUGCUCACUUCUGAUGCAAGGAUUGUAACUGUUGCGCUGGAAGGUCUGGAGAACAUUCUGAAGGUUGGAGAGGCAGACAAGGAGUUGGGUCAGACUGGAGGUGUGAACCUUUAUGCGCAGUACAUUGAUGAGGCUGAGGGGCUGGAGAAGAUAGAGAAUCUGCAGACUCAUCAGAACAAUGACAUCUACGAGAAGGCGGUGAAGAUUUUGGAGACCUACUUUGGGCUCGAUGAGGAUGAGGACCAACAACUUGCGCCUCAAGUUGACGCCAACCAGCAAACCUAUGCUUUUGGAGAAAGCCAGCCUAUGGCUCCCUCUGGUGGAUUCAACUUUGGAUUGGGGUUGAAGAAUGGGUGGAAUCAUAUGGAUUUCCUGGUUCUGGACAUCAUGGAUCACCAGCAGCAUCUCCCUACCCUUGAACGUGUCUUAGCUUUCGGUCUUGACUGUAGUCUCUCACCAGUCCAGCUCGUCACGCUGGCGUCCGCCGCCUCCCUGGCCUCUUUCGCCACUCGUGGGCUGUUCUCCGCCACAGCGCGCAACCGUCGUUCUUCCUCUCUGUCCAGAAGCCGUGAUUGGGGCGAGUCCAGGGUAUCCUUCUUCCACCAGCGCUUCCACUCGCAUCGCCUCACCAUGGCGUCCGCCCAGCAGUACAGCACGGAGGAGAUUCACAAGAUGUCGGACCAGGAGAAGAAGGAUUUGGAGCGUCGCGUGCAGGAAGGGGAGACGGUGGUGAAGGGUGGCACUGGAGGCAAGUCACUGGAGGCCCAGCUUAACCUGGCUGAAGGGCGCCACAAGGGGGGCGAGAGGGGAGGGCAGGCGCGCGCGGAACAGAUCGGCAGCGAGGGAUACCAGGAGAUGGGGCGCAAGGGCGGGCUAUCUACCACGGAGCAAUCCGGCGGAGAGGCUGCUGCUGAGAAGGGGCAUGGGUCGCAUGAGGGGGGCCACGGUUCUGGAGGGGGGACGCAAUCCGCAGCAGCAAAGCACCAGUACUCUUACGAGGAAGUGAACAAGAUGCCUGCAGAAGAGCGCAAGGAGUUGGAGAAGCGUGCAGAGGCAGGAGAGACAGUGGUGAAGGGGGGAACAGGGGGCAAGUCCCUUGAUGCUCAGCUGCACCUGGCUGAAG